AACACCGUGGGCGCGGAGUACGACGCGUGGACGGAGGAAGAAAUUUUAGAGUAUUAUUGGGGCGAACACAUUCAUUUGGGAUAUUACAAGGACGAAGACUUGAAACGAGGCGCGGGGACGCUUUUUGGACAUCGCGUGAAGGAUUUCAUCGAAGCGAAAGAGGACUUUGUUGAUGAAAUGUACGCGUGGAGCAAGGCGGAGGCGAACAACGGCGGCGCCAAGCCGCGGAAGAUUUUAGACGUCGGUUGCGGCAUCGGCGGCGCGACGCGUCGCUUGGCGUCAAAGUGCGCGGGGGCGACCGCAGAAGUCACUGGAAUCACGCUUUCGACGAAGCAAGCCGCUCGAGCGACGGCGUUGGCGGCGGCGCAAAACAUCCCAAACGCCAAGUUUGAAGUCAUGGAUGCCUUGGCGAUGGAGUUCGACGACGACACGUUUGACAUGGUGUGGGCGUGCGAGAGCGGCGAGCACAUGCCCGAUAAGAAAAAGUACGUGGAAGAGAUGGUGCGCGUGUUGAAGCCCGGAGGCACGCUCGUGAUCGCGACGUGGUGCCAGCGACACACACCGCCGGCGCUCACAAAGGAGGAAAAGUCCAAGCUGCAGUUCCUUUACGACGAGUGGGCGCAUCCGUACUUCAUCUCCAUCCAAGACUAUUGCGAGUUAGCCGAAGGCACGGGCGCGAUGAAGAACGUCGAUGGCGACGAUUGGACCAAGCAGACGAUUGUGAGCUGGAGACACUCGAUCUGGGCGGGCGUGUACGAUCCGUUGCCCGUAUUCACGCGUCCGAAGAUUUGGUACAAGACUCUUCGCGACAUCAUUUGUCUCGAACGCAUGCGCCGAGCGUUCGGGGAAGAACUCAUGCAAUACGGCAUGAUUCGCGGGGUGAAA